AUGGCCGUGCCCCCCAAGUUCGCAGGCCACAAGCUCGGAUUCGCGCCGCCGACCCCGUCAACCCCGUCGGCCCCCCAUUCCACGCACACCUUGGAGCUCUACGUCGACUACUGCUGCCCCUUCUCGGCCAAGCUCUUCCGCACCAUGUACAACCAAGUCAUACCCGCCAUUCGCGACAACGAGUCCUGGGCUUCCAGCCUCGCCCUCAUCUUCCGCCAACAAGUCCAGCCGUGGCACCCGUCAUCGACGCUGAUGCACGAAGCGGCCCUCGCCGUGUUGCGCCUCGCCCCCGACAAAUUCUGGGGCUUUAGCAGCCAGCUCUUUGAGGAGCAGACCGCCUUUUUCGACGUCAGUGUCGUCAACGAGACUAGAAACGCCACGUACAAGCGUUUGGCAAAGAUUGCCGCCAAAGUCGGCGUCGACGAGACGCGAGUCUACGAGCUGCUCGAGGUCGCCGACAAGCCCGGCCAAGAUGGAUCCCUCAAUGGUGGGAACCAGGUCACCAACGACUUGAAACUUGUCACCAAGAUGAAUAGGUUGAUUGGAGUCCACGUCACCCCGACUGUGGUCUUUGACGGCCUUGUCCAGGAUACGAGCUCUGGGUGGACAGUGAAUCAGUGGAAAGAGUGGCUGGCCAAGAAUCUUGCUUGA